UCAAAUUAUUUAUAUAUUUCACGUUGCUUAAUUUCCAUGCUUUUGUACCAGUAGAUGAAACCUGGUGAACCUCUGGUCUGCAGGCUGGAUGCACCCUCGAAGGUUUCAACAACUUGCCCAUGACACUUCAAGUGGAAUCCAUCUUGCCCAUGAUUCCUCUCUCCAUCUUGCUUUAUAUCAUCUUCUCUGUCUUUUAUCAAGUGUGCAGAAGAAAGUGAAAGAGUGAUGGUUCUCCAUCUUCUUUGACAAACAAGAGAACACCAAUCCAUUCCUCCCUGUGUGGGAAAAGGCUUUAAGUGACCAUUCUUUUCCUCCCUGUGUGUGUAGGCAUUCUUUUUUUCUAGAUAUGACUAGAAAAGCUGGAGCUGGAAGGUUACGGGUUAUAAGAUUUCAGCAGAAGGGUCCUGCCAACCCCAAAGCCCUGCUCCUUGAUUCUACAUAUGUUUGAAACGAAUAGUUGUUGCAGAAAACAAAUUAUGCACAUUUUUCAGUGGCAUUAUAGUGAUAGAUCUAAAGGUGUUUGAUUUGCUGAAAAAAUACUUCUGUUUGCACAAAAACACUUCUCUUGCCCCUAGGAUAGAUCAAAUCCUCCAUUCCAUUAUAGUCCCUGUAGCCUAAUUUACACUGUUAUGUUGGGUGUGUUAACACUCAACCUAUUAUUCUAAGGCAUAGGAAUCUGAAGCAAAGAAAAGAGUGUAAGGGGAUCUGCACUGGGAAAGUGGAGCUUGGUUUAUGGUUUUUUAGAUGUUGCUGCUACUGUUUUAACCUUUUGCUUUUCCUAUAUUUAAACCUCUUUUCCAUUAUUUGAUUGUCUACCCUUUUCAUGUUCUGAUGCCUUUUUAUUUGCCCUUAAUUUGUUCUUAAUGCUCUCCUUUCUUUUUUCUUUUCUUGCUUCUCACAUGGAUUAGAAGAAAAAUAAAAAUAUGAAACUGAACAUUGAUGGUAAGGGUGGGUUGAAAGAAUCUGAUCAUAUCCAGUUUCAGGAGGGCUUAGAAUCUGGCAAAGUAUCUUCUCAUUUGGAGUCUUUGGCUUCUGAAUGUUUUGAAAAGGAUUCCUCUACAAAAAAAAGUUGCUAUGAUGCUUUUGUGCAGAAAGUUAAGAUUCGUAAAAAGUAUUCAAAAAAUACAUCUGAACAACUUUCUGUUAUUGCAUUGAAGUUUGACACUCAACAAACUGUAAAAAAAGAAUUUAAAGUAUCAAAAAAGAAAAAUACUGAUAAAAUAAAUUCUAGACCAAUUCAGCAAGAAGUGCCGUGUAGCCAUUCUAGUAAUGAUCAGCUGGAAAAACAAUAUGGCGAUUAUCAGAAAAAUAAAGUAGAAGCUAAACCUGAUCAAUAUAUACAAGGUAAAAACAACAGUGAAAAACAAAAAGAGUAUAAUCACAAAGAAAGAAUUACAGAACAAAUAGCAGUAAGAAUGUCAUCUUCUUCAGGUCAGGAAACUAUGAAUAAGUCAUCAGUGUAUGUUUUUCAGAUAAACCAAUUUAAUUCUGAAAACAUGACAACUAGAGAAACAAGUAUAGAAGACAGAAACAAUAAAUGGAAAAGCGAUCAAAUUGAUUAUAAAGAAAAGAGAAAUUUAAAUUUUAACAAUAUGCAAAAUAAAAAGAAAAAUGUGGAUGAUACAUCAGAGGAGGAUACCCAGGAAGAAGAAGAGAAUCCAGAAAAUGAGGAAGGCAAUGAAGAAGAUGAAGUAAGUGUGGAAGAGACUGAAAGGGGACAUGGAAUACAAGAAAAAGAAAAUGAUAGUGAAGAAAAAUCUGAAGAAGAGGAAGUUGAAAAUGAAGCUAGUAUAGGCAAGGUGGAUUCCAUGAUAGGCUCCAACAGUGAUGAAGAAGAAAAUAAAAAUGAUGAAUUACAACCUGAAACAGAAAAUGAGCAUAAUCUGGAGGAGGAAGAAGAGAACUUUCAGAGAAGCAAGAAAGAUGACACAGAUAAUAAACUGCAAGAGAUAGAAGGAAGAGACGUAUAUGAGCUUGAAAAAGAAAAAAACCCUAACAUCAUGGGAAAAGGGAAAAUUAACAUAAAACUCAAAGAAAAGGAACAUGAGAAGAAUGACUGGAUGAAGGACAAAAUGAAAAAAAUGGAGAAGAAAAAAGAUGAUGAAGAAAUGGGAGAUGAGAAAGAAAACGGGGAAGAGGAGGAGGAGGAGGAAGAGGAGGAGGAAGAGGAGGAGGAAGAGGAGGAGGAGGAAAACGGUGAGGAGGAAAAUUAUGAGGAAUGUAAAGAUGGGGAGGAAAGUGGUGAUGCUAUGUUGAUAGAGGAGGAGGAGGGCACAGAGGAAGAGGAACCUGAAGGACAGGAUCAGGAAGAGACUGAAAGAGAGGAAGAAGGACAAGAGGAACAAGAGGGAGAAAUUGAAAGAGAAGUAGAUGAAGAAGAAAGUGUGGGAGAUGAAGAGGAAGAAGAUAAGGAAGAGGGAGACAAUGAAGAAGAAGAGAUAGAAGAUGAACCAGAAGUUGAUGAAGGGGAAGAAGAACAAAGGGAGGAAGAGGAGGAGGAAAUUGUUGAGCAUGAAGAGAAAGAAAAAGUAGGCAAAAACUCCAAAGGUCAAAAAUGUAAAGAAAAUAAUAAAAGAAGAAAGCAAAAUACAAACAGCAAAAUUAAAAACUUCAAGCAAAAAAUAACAUUGAAACAAGCAAUGAAUGGAUUGCAACAUACACAAGAGUUUUGGAACAAUGUUUUACCACAUUAUUUGACACUAAAGUAAUCCUGGAGACUAGAAAUAAUUUUUACAUGAACAUUUUUUUCAGAAAGCUAUAGUAUAAUGCCUAUAUACAUG